UAAAGGUGCACAGGGAAAUAACCUUGCAGGGAGUUCUUCCCUCCUCGGGGAGCAGAGUCUCCAGGCAGCCCAGAUCCCACGGGUCCGGCAGCACCUUGGCCUUGAUGCUUGCACAAGUUUUGGGAGCUCUGUGAAACUCAGGGAAAGCAGGAAUGUCUUUUAGCAGAAGGAACUGGUCUGAUCUCUCCAGCUUGGCCAGGCAGAGGACCCUUGAGGAUGAAGAAGAGCAGCAAAGAGAGCGCCGGCGAAGGCACCGGAACCUGCUGUCCUCCACGUCCACAGAUGAGGAGCCUCUCAGCCCUGUGAAAGACACAAGUCCAACUUCCAGCAGACCUCAAACCCUGGUGAAACCAGCGUCUCCGGAAGACAAGGAAGAGCGGAAGGUCUCGGAGGUGCUGAAGACACAAGAAGGGAUAAGGACAAGGUCCCCGAUGGCCACCUCUGAGAAGCUGAGGCAGAAGGAGCAUCAGGAGCUGGGGUUGGGCAGGAGCCGUGUGGGGAUGAGGCCACGAGUGGGGCAGGAGAACAUCCAGGCUGGAGAGCAGGAGCAGGAUGCAGCCAAGGGCAGAGAAGACUCGCCAGGAGACCAGCAGCCAGAGCGGAAGGUGGUGGUGAGGGGACGUCUCCAGGACAAAGAGGGACCAGGUGUGGGGACAGCCCGGGGGGAGCAGAGGAAGGAGGAGGGGGAGCAGCAGCCACGGGCAUCACCAGAGCUGGGGGGCUGCCGCCUCCGGGAGGUGAAGAUCCUGACCAGGCAGGGGAGCCGCAGCACGGAAGAGAAGACAGCCUCGGUGGUCACCGUGUCUCUGGCCCAGCAGAAACCAUCCAGGAGUCCCUCAAAGGAGGUGAUACAGCUGUCUCCCACCCAAGAUGAACCUGCAGAAAAGUCAGAUACUUCUCCAACUCCAGUCACCUACAGCAGCUCCAUCAGACGAACCAGCCCAAGAACUGUCUCCUUUCGGGUUAUUUCAAGAAAAGAGAAAGAAGAAAGCCAAAGCCCUCUCACAAGGAGCGCAAGCCUGAGGAUCCCAGGUAACAGCACCACCAUUGGGGAGAAGCUGGAGAAGUACAACUCAGCUGUACAGCGCUCGGAGGUGGUGAAAUCCUCCCUGACUAUUCAGAAGAGCCUCCUGCUGUCCUCAGAGGGGGUGGCCAGCAAGCGCAACUUCUUCGAGGCAAGUGCUACCAGCAAGGCUGAGCCACUGGCUGUCAAGAAGGACAACCUGAAGAUCUCAGAAUCGGUGACAUCCCGUAUUAAUCUGUGGAUCAGCAGAGUCCAGGACCCUGCCAAGGAGGAAAAGAACAAGGACAUCAGGAAAAUAAACAACCUCCCAAAACGUGAUGUCUGGGUAAAGCAGACUGGAGACACCCCUGGAGACACCAAGUUGCAAUAAUAUCAGAUAUAAUAUCAGAUGACCUGGAAAAAACUGUUUGCUCUGAAGAUCAAAGCCCAGCCCUACCCAACCAUCCAGCAGCCCCUGCCACGAGAGGCCUCUGAGCCACGUGUAGGUGCACCCCGGGUCGCCGGGGUCUUCUGCUUGUAGGAUGCAAAGGAAGAAGGUUGGAAGAUUAUCCCUGUCCCCCCAGUCCUCACCUGCUGCCUGCCUGGGACUGCCCAGGCCUGGAAACUACUCACAAAUGUUGCAGGCAGACUCCUGCCUCGUUUCCCCAAAAUCUUUUGGUCUUUUGCUCCCAACCUCUGGCUGUGCCCCAUAACUGCUCUCAAAGAGGAUCAACCUGUACGUCUCCUUUGCAGCUGGAUCGUGACCAGAAUCCAGGGGCCAGAAGCUGCCUGGCCAAGGGAGUUGCAGCUGCAUGUCCAGGGGCCGUGUCCAUUCCUGCUGCCUGGCUGGUGUGGGGUCAGAUGGGACAGAGAGAUGUCACAGCCCUCUCCAAGGCUGUCACUGCUGGAGGGCCCCAACCAAAGGCAAACGGUGUUUGCACAGUCACACGUGUUGGUGUAGCUGCCUCAUGGAAGAGAGGUGGACCUGAUGGCCCUGGAGCUUCCCUCCAUCUGAGCCAGAGACUUGGCCUUCUCCACCCUGUCCUUACUGUCCCCUGCCCCCUUCAAGCAGUGAUCCCUUUCACUUAGUGACACGGGAAAGGUGGGCUGGCCAUGGCCCUGCUUCUGGGGUCUCAUGGAGCUGAGCACCCUGUGCUGUUCCCCUGCUACAAACCUCAUUUCCCUCUGGCAUGUCCUCCCAAGCCCUUUGCCUGUGGCUGUGCAGACCCCUGGUCCCACACUCCCAGGGUGCUGAGCCUACCCAGGAAGGGAACUGGGUGCUCCAGGGGCCACAGGCAGCUGAUAGAGCGAUGCUGGAGCCAUCCCAUGGGCUUGGGCUGUGCCUUGAGCAACCACUGCAGUGUCAUGUUUGGUGUGGGACUCUACUGCUGCCCCUGGCUCUGCUCUUGCUUGCUGGGCUUUGGGAAGGAUUUGGGUUUCUC